AAAUAGCCUACUCCCUACCCGAUAUAUUCUUCUGCCGCUAUACAACUUUGUAUGCGUUGUUUGUUGGCAACCUUGUUAUUUACAAAGUUUUUGAAACAGCCCUGUUAAAACGUUCCAUUGGACAAGUUCAUAUAGUACAUCCUGGUUUCUGAGCGUUUUCUUCCAUUUCAUGCCAAAUGAACAUGACCCCUUGUGAUCUCCCGUUGGCCAUUGCUAUGUUUCACUAUGCUCUUGUUCCGCCACAGCUCUGGUUUCAGGUCCCCGGUGGACCUGAAACUGACGCUAAACCCUAUUCUGCAGCACAUGCACCACAUUGCCAGCCUGGCCUCCAGCAGCCGGGAGCUGCUUCAGCAGCUGGUCACUUCCUACCCCUACACACCCAUGGCCAUUGUCACCCUGCACACCUUCACCCAGCUGGCGGCCUCCUCGCUCAUCGACAUCCCCAAAUGGGUAGCUCUUUUUCUCCAGUACAUGGAGGACCCUAAGAAUACAGUCAAGAGACUGGCCAUCCAGGACUUGAAGCUCCUGGCUAAAAAGGCCACCUAUCUCUGGAACAGAGAAAACACUCAGCUCAUUGACCUUGUUAAGCUAGCGCAGGAAUGCUGUUACCACAGCAACCUGGCCUUCUCUGCCCAUGGAGUCACUGUGCCCGCCAACAUCGCCAUUUCCUAUCCAGAGAAAGACAUGAUGCAUCUGGAGCAGGACACCGUGAUGGGGGUGGAGUCUCUGCUGGUGCUCUGCAGUCAGGGCGACUGCCCCAGAACUUAGGCCACGCUCAAGAUGGCUCUCACCUCAUUGGUCCAGCUGCUGAAGUCCCCCCACCUCAGCCAAUCGACUGUGGCGUUCCUGCUGUGCCAGCUGCACUCGGCCUGCGACCCCUCAAAAUAUAUUUUAAUAGAUGAGAUAUUGAGGAUUAUAAUAAAUACUGCUUUGAUGUCAUACAAGCAAGCACCUAUACUGACAUCUGGCAUGUGUCACCUUUCCCUGGCGACUGUGGUGUUUGUGGCUAGCCAGUCGUCGGCGGAGGUGAAGAAGGUGAUCAAGCAGCAGCUGGAGAACAUGGCCAUCGGUUGGCAGACCUCGCGCAUGGGUUGCCAUGAGUUCUCCAGCAAGCUGUACCAGAGUCUGCAGACGCAUGUGUCCUCGGAGCAUUUCUACUUCUGGCUCAACGGUCUAAAGGAGUUCUCCCAGGCCGUGCUGUGUCCUAGCGGCCUGGAGGACAGAGACUCCAGUGUAGCUAUGGCGGCCAUCGCCGAGGCCCUGCGCUCUUACCAGAAGGGCAUCACCUCCCUGACGGUCAGUGACUGGCCACCUGCUUAUAGUCAGUGUGCAGUCAUUUGAUGUGACGCGGUCAUAUCUCUGCUUAAUGUUGCACUGUCCUUCCAGAGGUACUUCUUCCAGAACCUCCAGUCAACCAGUAUUUUAAGGGAACUAACUAAAGCAAUGGAAAUACUUUUGGGUAUACACUACUGUAGCUGUUCUUGCUUUAGGUGCCUCAACGUCAGCUCCGCUCUCCAGACCAAGACUGGUGGGCUGGAAUACUAGAUUCCACUGGUCAGCAAGACCAAUGAAAUUGAGCAGCGGGUGGAGCCCCACAACGACUACUUCAGCACCCAGUUCCUGCUCAUCUUUUCCAUCCUGGGCAGCCACACGGUCAACAUGGAGGCCUCAGUGGUGGACGAGAUCUGCAUGGAGUGGAAGACGCCCAAAAUCACUGUGUCGGUCAAGUCCCUGGAGGACCUUUACUCCCAGCAGCUCUGCCACCACCACCAACAGCAGCAGGCACAGUAGGCUAGGCCCCAGAGGAGUAGUGUACAUGCCCGCUUCCAGUGAUACCCUCAUAAAACCCCUCUAACCCAUUGCCUUGUC